UAUACUAAACAAGUGUUAUCAAUCAUAUCAAAUGCACAAUCUAUUGAUUUAUUAAGAGAGCUAUGUCGUUUAACGUUGCAAGUUCCUUCAUCUGAUCUUCCGACAGCUGAGGAAGUGAAAGGAUAUAAUGCCGAAGAACUUAAUAGAUUUUUGAAAAAGAGACUAAACAACAUUGUUAAACACAUUGAUACCUUAACAGAUCAAGAAGUCGAUGGAGAAGCCUUUCUUGACUUAACGCCCGCUGGCCUUAAAGCUUAUGAGAUACCUCUCGGACCUACUUCAAAAAUCGUAAAGCUGAUUAACGAAAUUCAAAGAGUCCUGAAAGGAACUGCUGAUUCUGUAUAUUUAUUCAUAGACAAUUCGAACGUAUAUAUCCAAGGAAAGAAAGAGACAGCCAGGCGUGAAGCUGUAGAUGAACAUCUGGUUCAAAUCGAUUAUGGUAAAUUAGUUGAAACGGCUCAAGAUGGUCGACAUAUGGGUGCUGUUCCUGUUGUUGUGGGAUCGAUUCCUCCUCCUGAAGAUACAAUAUGGGCAAAGCUUAGGAAUCUCGGAUAUAGUGUAACCGUAUUUGAGCGAAAUUUUUUAAAUAGAGAAAAAGAGGUCGAUUCGGAAGUCUCUUUACGUAUUAGUGACACAAUCCACGAUUAUAUGCCCGGUACGGUGAUAUUAAUCGCCGGAGAUGGUGACUACGGUCCGAUAUUUAGACGAGUCCUUGACAAAAAUUGGACAAUUGAGAUCUGGUUUUGGACCGAUGGAAUGGAUAUCGAUUAUCCUGAAUACAGAACAGCAAUUGCUACAAGAACCACCAUUAUAAAUCUGGACGACUUUUACAAGAAAUUCAUGUAUGCUUGUGGAUAUAAUGGAAUUUCGGAAACAAAGUGGCUUCAAAUUUUUACAGACCUAGUUGAGGAUAGUGACAUAAUGAAAUGUUACGUAGAAUUAGACUUGUUCGGUUGGUGGUACAGACCAAAGCCGGACUCUUUGAAAUU